AAGAUUGGGGCGUGGCCUGGGCAGGGGGGCGUGGUUUGGGGGCGUGGCCAACGCGGCUGCCCGGCGGCGCUGCCGGCGCGGAGGUGCAGUUGUUGCCCCGUUCGCGACAGGUGUGCGUGUCGGAGCGCCUCCCGCCGCCGCAGGUGUUUGUGGUGAUAAGAUGGAGCCCUCCCCGUUUAAUAGAAGACAAUGGACUUCACAGUCUUUGAAAAUCACUGCAAAAGAGCUUUCUCUUGUCAACAAGAACAAGUCAUCGGCUCUUGUGGAGAGGUUCUCCAGGUAUCAGAAAGCAGCUGAAGAGGCCACGGCUGAGAAAAAAAGAAGUAGCACAGAAAAUCUUCCCCCUCAUUUUACAAGGGGGAAUCUGAGCGUACUAAAGAAGAAGUGGGAGAAUCCAGUGCCGGGAACGGAGUCUCGGAAGGAAACGCUACGAAGCAGCGGUACUGAGGUUAGGCACAGGGUCGCAAGCCCCGAGCUGGGAGUUGGAAGCAGCCUUGCUUUUUCCUCAGACACAGAGCAGAACCCGGCAGCCGGCGCAGCAUCUCACGCCCAGGCCUCUUCUGGCACCCCUGGCCAGCUGCAGGGUCCCGGUGUUGACAGCAGAAAAUCAAAAAGCCACUCACCGGAGAGUGGUAAAAUGGAAAACUAUCUGAGAGAGCCCAGAGAAGUGGAAAAGCCUGAAGCCAGUGAAAACACAGAGUCCUCAGGGAAGAUAGAGAAGUACAGCGUUCCGCUGAACAAGUUAAAGAUGAUGUUUGAAAAGGGUGAAGCAGCUCAGCCCAAGGUUGCUAGAGACCAGAGGAAGACAGCAAUUGGUAGGAGGAUUUCUGAAAACAGCUUCUCUUCAGAGGACCUUGAUGUUGGCCAAGGAGAGAAGAGUCACAGUACAUCAGAUACAAGUCCAGCACUCAGCCCAGAUAAGGUAGAGACCAAGAAAAGCGUAGAGAUGCCUCGCCUAACAGAGACUUCAAUAAAGGAUAGGUUGGCAAAGUAUCAGGCAGCCGUGUCCAAGCAGGGCAGUUCCACAGGCCUCGUUACUGCGAAUGAGAUUCAAGCCAGUGAAAGUGAACUCAAGAAUUACAAAUCUGAGCAGAAGGAGAAUAAACCACCAAGUUUUGAGGACUCCAUUUCCUAUCAGGAUGGGGAGAAGGUGUCUGUAGGUGAGAACAGCCUGUCUUUCCACUCCAGCCUUUCAGAGGAUGGCACUGUUGGACAAAACCUGGAGACCGAGACAGAAAUUCAGAAACCCGUCAGCACAAAACAGCAAAACUUUGGUUCCAAAUCACUUGGCCAGACAGAUGCAUCUCUGCCAAAAACAGUGAAGAAGUUUCAGUUGCCAGCAAAGGAAACCUGUGUUGGGUGUCAGAAGACGGUGUACCCAAUGGAAAGGCUCCUUGCCAACCAGCAGGUGUUCCACAUCAGCUGUUUCCGCUGUUCCUAUUGCAACAGUAAACUCAGCCUUGGGACAUAUGCGUCUCUGCGUGGGAAUAUUUACUGCAAGCCUCACUUCAAUCAGCUCUUCAAAGCUAAAGGUAAUUACGAUGAAGGCUUUGGACACAAACAGCAUAAGGAAUUGUGGUCAAGCAAAACUGAAUGUGAGGAGUCCCCGGAGAAAACUCUUCAUGGUGUAAAUGCAACAGAGAGCCCUCAAAACCCAGGAGUAGAAGAUGCCCCAAUUGCAAAAGUAGGAGUUCUGGCAGCAACUAUGGAAGCAAAAGCUUCAGCUUUGCCUGAAAGAGAAGAGAAACCAGCGGAAACAAAGAAGCUCAGGAUUGCCUGGCCACCUCCAUCUGACCAAAGUAUUCAAGGAAGCACUGUGGAUGAGGGGAUCAAAGUAUUAAAACCCAAAUGGCCCCCAGAAGAAGAGAGUUCCAAGCCAGAUGUGUUGGAGGAUGUGGAUCUGGAUCUCAAAAAGUUAAGAAGAUCUUCCUCGCUGAAGGAGAGAAGUCGUCCCUUUACGGUGGCAGCCUCGUUUAGAACAGUAUCUGUUAAAGGCCAUAAAACAGACAAUUCAUCCUCUCCUUCUAAGGCAGAGAGAGACAUGUUGAAAAGAAGUGAGGAACUGGAGAGAGAGGUUGUGGUAGACAGAAAGCAGAAGGAAAAGAAGGUUGAGAAUAGGAACAUCCAGAAUACUGAGGAGAAAAACGUAGAGGAAGAGAGGGAAUUGCCUGGUAUGAAAACAGCAGAGCAUAACUUUGUAGAAAAUGGCCAGGAGAAUGCAGAGACAGAUGAGGAAGAAAACACUGUGGAAGAGCAGCGAACCCCAAAUGAAGAAUUCCUUGAACCAAAUUCUCCUAAACAUUCCAGCUUAUCCAAUGUAACUGCAAAGGAAUCAUCUCCUGACCAGAAUCGCAAAUCCCAAGAUGUUGGUUUCUGGGAGGGUGAAGAUAUGGAAGAUCUAUCUGUGGAAGAACAGAUCAAAAGGAACCGUUACUAUGAAGAUGAUGAUGAAGAAGAAUAAAUAGGCCUUUUAUAAUAAAACUUGCUUCAAGGUGCUGGGCCUUUUUAAAUUGGUGUUUUUAGCUUUAACAAACAGCUGUCCUGUAUGAAAGCGAUGCUAUACUGCACAUCAACAUUAAGGGAAUCAUAUGUACAAAUUAUCUCAGCCAGGAAAGUACUGCGGAAGCCUGAAAGAGAGUGGGUGCACAGAAAUGAGGAUCUGUGGCUGUGGGAUGCCUUCAACGGGUAACCUCUGUCUGCAGGAUGAGAACAGAGCUCCUCUGUACUCCUAUUGUCUUACCUUUUUGGAACUCUAGGACCUGUUUCACUAACUCACAGAAUUCCCCUGUGCUCGGUGGUGGUAAGGAACAGGCUUUCUGUAAUACACUACUUUUACCACUACAAAUGCUACUGCAGUGCGUAGGGACCAGUUUCAAAGGGACUUUCUGACCUGCUUUAAAAUGAUAAAUAAAUGCACUUUAAUACAUGUUAAGGGCACACUUUUUUUUUUUAAUUAUUAUAAUAAAAACACUUUUUGAGCUUGGAGUCCCAACAACUAAGCAUCCAAAACUGAGCAGAACAUAACUUUCUUUUUUCAAAACUGCCUAUGAUCAAUUGAAGAUUAAUACUCCAUUUUUCUCCGUGCAACUGGAAUAGUGUGCCCACUGCUGGAACAAAUGUAUUUUAGUGCUUAUCCGAACGCUGUGCUGACUGACAGAACUCCUUGAGGACAAGUCAACAUUUUUGCAGGAGCCUGCAGGGCAUGACUUGUGCAUUUUAUAUGCAUUUUGAAUGGUUUCUUGUUUACUUAGAGUUCAUUAUAAUCCAUUUAAAACUGCACAUAACAUUUGUAAGGCCUUUGUAAGACAAUUUUGAAAUCCUACUUGUAUCGAGCUGCCGUAAUGUUUUUCAUUAUGGCUGUGAAAUUCUGCUGCAUUGCGCAUCUUUGGAAUAAAACCCUAUGAACCGGAAAUUUUCUGAUUGCUAGCAUUGAAGCUUAGUACGUUUUUAAACUUGACUGCAUUUAUUUUACAAAUAAUGGAAUCUGAAUGGUGGAAGGAGGAUAUCCCUUUAUAUUAGCUUUUAUUUGUACUGUAGUUACAUGAGAAUUAACUCUAACUAUAUUUGAGGUGUAAAAUAUCCUGCUUUCUUAACAGUCCCGCUAACUUCAAUAAAGUUUGGUCAUUUACAUAAAAAAAA